UACGGUACCCGGAAGGAUCUCGAUGCACCUUUGCACCUUUGCUUUACCAACAAAGAAGGGAACCAAGCGCACGCAGCUGGCAUGGAAGCGCACGCCCGGUGACAAGCCGUACGGUACCUUAACCCGACAACUGCGCGUGUCUGCGCGCACAGCGUGAGCGGUUACAUUAGCGCCACGCGCGGUGACAUUGGGAGACGCGAACCCGCCGCUCGCGCCGCAGCCUUCGCCUCGAGCGCUACCAUGAGUGGAUGUUUUUCGCUCGCGGAUUGUGACGUGAUUGGAUUCGAUUUGGAUCAUACCCUGUGUCGGUACCAUCUGAAGGAGACCUGCAGGCUAAUCUAUGAAAGUUUUGCCCGAUAUCUUGUGGAACACAGAGGUUAUGAUCAGGAUCUGCUAAAUCUCACUCCAGCCACAUGGGACUUCUGCUGUAAAGGCCUUGUGGUGGACCUCGAAGAAGGAAACCUGGUGAAGCUAGCCGAGGACGGCACCGUAUUACGGGCCACCCAUGGCACUUGUGAUCUGAGCACAGAGGAGCUAUUAAAGCACUAUGGUCCUAAAAGAGAAUGGAGACACUUCAACAGCCUCAAUACCACGUUCACACGAUCUGCAAAAUAUUAUUUCUAUGACAACUAUUUUGACCUUCCUGGAGCUCUUCUCUGUGCUAGAGUGGUGGACAUGCUACGCAAGCGAGGCAGUGAAGUCACUGCGGACUUCUGGAAGGAUAUUGUGGCUGCUAUCGAUCACAAUUACAACACAUCUGCAUUCCGAGAGGAUGCAGGUUGGUACUUCCCCAGUGUGAAGAGGGACCCAGGCCGAUACCUGCAGCCCUGCUCGGCCUCUGUGUGUCGCUGGCUGCGAAGGCUGAAGGAGGAAGGCAAAGUGUUACUGCUCAUCACCAGCUCACACUCAGACUACUGCAGACUUGUGUGUGAGCACAUCCUGGGGAAGGACUUUGAGGAGCUUUUCGAUGUCAUCAUCACUAAUGCACUGAAACCAGGGUUCUUCUCCCUCAUUCCACAGCAGAGACCAUUCAGAACACUGGUGAAUGACUUGGAGGAUAGUGUGGGGUUACCAGGGUUAGAAAAACCUGGCUGGUAUUCUCAGGGCAACUGGCCUCAUCUACACGAACUGCUGAAGUCCAUGACUGGCAAAGCCCAGCCGAAGGUGGUGUAUUUUGGGGACAGCAUGCGCUCAGACAUGUUUCCAGCUUUCAGCUUCGGGAAGUGGGAGACUGUGAUGGUUGUGGAGGAGAUGGAAGGGGAGGGAGUGGCUAGCGCUAGCCACUCCCCCAGUCAGGCCCCUUUAGAGAAGAAAGGCAAAUUUGAGGAUGAGGGCAUGAAGACACCUUCAGCCGUGUCUGAGCAGUGGGGGUCGUAUUUUGUGGAUGUUCAGAAGGGAGAGGAAGGAGAAGAUAAGCUGAGACUGACCUGGUGUUGCCACUGCAUCCACACCUACAGCACACUGGCCAUCCCCAGUGUGGAGGCCAUCACAGAGCUGCCACUUGAUUUUAAGUUCCCUCGGUUUUCUCUAGAUAAGCCAAGCACUACAGGUUACUACCCCAGACCUCCCGACUCACUGCUGAAGAAGGAACAGAGUCGCUCGUGAAUUCCCGUGGUUCCACAGUGGAGGCUUGACCCUCCACCUCCAGUGGCACAAACAGAACUCAGUUACAUGUUAUUAAAAGGUGAAACAGUAAAUGUUUUAAGUGAGAGCAUUUUUCACACAGCUGAAACCCAAACUCAUCACUACCUUUCAACACAUUGCUUAUACUCUUGUACCAAAUCCCUACCCCCAACACUCCCUAUUCCCUAACCCCUAAAACCUACCCUCUAACCCCUAAAUCCUAAAACCUACCCUCU